AUGGAAGGAGGAGAAUCGUUUUUGUCGUGUGCGGUUACUGUAGAAUGGACAACGCCGCAAGGAUCCGUAACCCGAAAAGUAAAUUAUAAGACUGCUUCCAUUCGCUUGAUUCGCAAUGAGUUUCGGGAAAUGUUUAUGGAAAUUGCAGGCGAUAAGCAGUCUAAUGUUCGGCUAGCUUUAAAGAAUAUCAAUGUUUUUAAAAAAUUUAUGGCUGAAGGAAAAGCCAGCAUAAAGUUUCAAGAAGCUGGUUGUACACUAUUUCUAUCAAACGCACCACCGAUCAAUUUGGUGUCAUUUUUAAGGACUAUAUUUGUCAAAAUGUCCGGUGAUAAAGAAGCUGUUAAUAAAGCAACGUCUAAACAGACUAUGAGAGCUAAGUUGUUGAGUGGCAAAGCACAAGCAUUUGAAGAAAUAAGCCCUGUUACAGUUGCAGAUAUAUCUAAUGCCAAGAGCAAAAUUAGUAAAGCAACAACAACCACGCCUUCGCCUCCCAAAAAGCGAAAAUUAGAAGAUGUUAACAAGGGUCCAGCACCUAAAAAACUAUAUUCACCGUCACCUUUAACAAAUACCAGCUUGUUAAAUGCCGAGCAACAAAGAGUAUUAGAGGCUUGUCUAAGUGGGAAAAAUAUUUUUUUCACUGGUUCCGCAGGCACAGGAAAAAGUUUCUUGUUAAAAAGAAUUGUGUCUGCAUUGCCACCGGAUGUCACAAUGCCAACGGCAUCAACUGGAGUGGCUGCAUGUCACAUUGGUGGAACAACACUCCAUGCAUUUGCAGGCAUUGGAGAUGGUAGUGGUACUUUAGAGAAAUUGUGUGAAAAAGCUAUUAAACUACCAUUGGUGUCUCAAAAAUGGAGAAAAUGCAAGCAUCUUAUAAUAGAUGAAAUAUCAAUGGUAGAUGGGACAUACUUUGAGAAAUUGGAGGCAGUAGCAAGACAUGUUCGAAAAAAUGAUAAACCAUUUGGUGGUAUACAGCUUAUCCUCUGUGGUGACUUUUUACAACUUCCUCCUGUUGUUGAUAAAGGAAAAUCUAGUAAAAGAUUUUGCUUUCAAACAUCUUGUUGGGAGAAAUGUGUAGAACUUUGUUUUGAGCUAAAGGAAGUUCACAGACAAACAGACAAGGAAUUUAUCUCAAUCCUUAACAACAUUAGAAUAGGCCGUGUGACAAAAGAUAUCAGUGAUCGUCUAACACUAACAGCUUCACAAAAAAUUGAAAGUGAUGGAAUUCUCGCAACAAGACUAUGCUCUCAUACCAAUGACUCAAAAAUGAUUAAUAAUUCAAAAUUAAGAGAUUUAGAAGGAGAAGAAAAAUUAUAUUCUUCACAAGAUAGCGAUAAUGCAACCUCACUUCUUGAUAUGCAGACCAUUGCACCUUCUAAAUUACUUUUAAAGAUAGGAGCUCAAGUAAUGUUACUGAAGAAUAUAAAUGUCAAUGCAGGCUUAGUAAAUGGUGCUAGAGGCGUUGUAGUCAGAUUUGAAGAAGGUUUACCUGUAGUCAGAUUCAAAAAUAAAAAAGAGUAUACAGCUAAGUUUGAAAGAUGGUACGUCAAAAACUCAAACGGAUCACUGCUUUGUCGUCGGCAAGUACCUUUGAACUUGGCUUGGGCAUUUUCAAUACAUAAAUCACAAGGAUUGACUUUAGAUUGUGUAGAAAUGUCCCUUUCUAAAAUAUUUGAAGCAGGGCAAGCAUAUGUUGCUUUAAGUAGGGCUCAAAGUUUAGAUACCCUAAGAGUAUUAGAUUUUGAUUCACGUCAUGUGUGGGCUAAUCCAGAUGUACUAGAAUUUUACCAGAAAUUCAGACGACGUUUACAACAAAUGGAAAUUAUCCCUCUUGGGAAACCACUGUCUGACAAGACAAAUAAAAAAGCAACACUUAGGCAAAUUUUAGAAAAACAAAUGAAAAGAAAGUGAGACUAUCAAAUAGUGUCUUAUAAAGACUGAACUCAAUGAUCUUAUAUUUUACUGUUGUGACUGAAAACUAUUUAUGCUUAUCUUAUUAAUAUUUCAAGAUUUUAUAUUUAAAUAAACAAAUUAGUUCUAAAUAUAUAGUUACUAGAGAUGCAAUCAAGGCUUAAUGUAAUAAUCAUAAAAAAAAUAUAUAAUUUAAAUAAUAGUAA